UGCAUCCUUGUACGUUAUGUUCUUGACUGGAGAUCACUGCAUCCUUGUACAUAAACACCUCAGAGCACAGAGCACAGAUCACAUCUCAGAGCAAAAGAUCACAUCGCAGAGCACAGAUCACAUCGCAGAGCACAGAUCACACCUCAGAGCACAGAUCACACCUCAGAGCACAGAUCACAUCGCAGAGCACAGAUCACACCUCAGAGCACAGAUCACACCUCAGAGCACAGAUCACACCUCAGAGCACAGAUCACACCUCAGAGCACAGAUCACAUCGCAGAGCACAGAUCACACCUCAGAGCACAGAUCACACCUCAGAGCACAGAUCACACCUCAGAGCACAGAUCACAUCGCAGAGCACAGAUCACACCUCAGAGCACAGAUCACACCUCAGAGCACAGAUCACACCUCAAAGCACAGAUCACAUCGCAGAGCACAGAUCACACCUCAGAUCACAUCUCAGAGCACAGAUCACAUCGCAGAGCACAGAUCACACCUCAGAGCACAGAUCACACCUCAGAGCACAGAUCACAUCGCAGAGCACAGAUCACAUCGCAGAGCACAGAUCACAUCGCAGAGCACAGAUCACAGAUCACACCUCAUAGCACAGAUCACACCUCAGAGCACAGAUCACAUCGCAGAGCACAGAUCACAUUGCAGAGCACAGAUCACACCUCAGAGCACAGAUCACAUCGCAGAGCACAGAUCACAUCACAGAGCACAGAUCACAUCGCAGAGCACAGAUCACAUCGCAGAGCACAGAUCACAUCGCAGAGCACAGAUCACAUCGCAGAGCGCAGAUCACAUCGCAGAGCACAGAUCACACCUCAGAGCACAGAUCACACCUCAGAGCACAGAUCACAUCCCAGAGCACAGAUCACACCUCAGAGCACAGAUUACAGAUCACACCUCAGAGCACAGAUCACAGAUCACACCUCAGAGCACAGAUCACACCUCAGAGCACAGAUCACACCUCAGAGCACAGAUCUCACCUCAGAGCACAGAUCACACCUCAGAGCACAGAUCACAUCUCAGAGCACAGAUCACAUCACAGAGCACAGAGCACAUCGCAGAGCACAGAUCACAUCGCAGAGCACAGAUCACAUCGCAGAGCACAGAUCACAUCUCAGAGCACAGAUCACAUCACAGAGCACAGAUCACAUCGCAGAGCACAGAUCACAUCGCAGAGCACAGAUCACACCCAAGAGCACAGAUCGCAUCUCAGAGCACAGAUCACAUCGCAGAGCACAGAUCACAUCUCAGAUCACAGAUAACACCACAGAUCACACCUCGGGGCACAGAUCACACCUCGCGGCACACAGUGGACUGAACCACCCAUCACCAUGUCAGUGUGUUUCAAUCGUAUGUAUGUUACUGAAAAGUAACGUCAUUACCGUAAAUAAACUGUUCUAGUACAUCAUGAUAUAAGCUUGAAUUUAAACGUGUGUAGUUGUGUAUAUUUUGUGCGAUGAUAUUAAUGCAUAACUAUAUUACUAUUACUACAUGAGCAUAUGCUUCAAUAUGCCAGUUACAGAGCAUGGCGGGUCGCCUCCAUCGAACUGUGUCAAAUAACAAUGUCAUUAUUUCGGUACAGGUUCAUUAUUGUUUAUGUCUUCUAUG